AUGAUUUUCCUUUCUCUCAUCACUGGCCUGGUUGGCUUGGUAGGAAAUGCCAUAGUGCUGCGGUUUCUGGGCUUCCACAUGCACAGGAAUGCCUUCUCUGUCUACAUCCUCAACCUGGCUGGGGCUGACUUCCUCUUCAUGUACUUUCAAAUUGUACACUCUCUUCUUUUUAUCUUGGAAAUCUUCUAUUACAUCCCCACAGGCAUCUAUACAUUUUCUUUUGUUGUGUCAAAUUUUGCUUAUCUUUGUGGCCUGAACAUCCUCAGUGCCAUUAGCAUUGAAAGGUGCCUGUCUGUCAUGUGGCCCAUCUGGUAUCGCUGCCAUCGCCCAAGGCACACAUCAGCUGUCAUAUGUACCCUUGUUUGGUUUUUAUCACUGCUGUUGAGUCUCCUGGACUGGACGGCAUGUGGUUACCUAUCUGGCAGUCUUGGCUUUGGUUGGUGUCAGACACUUCAUUACAUCACUACUGCAUGGUUAAUUGUUUUGUUUGUGGUUCUCUUGGGGUCCAGUCUGGCCUUAAUGGUUACUAUCUUUUGUGGCUCACGCAGGAUUCCUGUGACUAGGCUGUAUGUGACCAUUGUGUGCACAGUGCUGGUCUUCCUGUUCUUUGGACUGCCCUUUGGGAUCUACUAUUUCCUCUUAUCAUGGAUUGAGAAUUUUGAUGAUUUUUUGUCUUGUUAUUUUCUUCCAUUGACAAGAAUUCUGUCCUGUUUUAAUAGCUGUGCUAAUCCCAUCAUUUACUUCCUUGUUGGCUCUAUCAGGCAUCGUAGGUUCCAGAGGAACACUCUCAAGCUCCUUCUGCAGAGAGCCAUGCAGGACACUCCUGAGGAGGAAUAA